UCACGAUCUUAACGGUUGGUGCGACAUGUUCGUCAGUUUAAACUACGUGUCCAUUCCACACGAAUCAACAGAAAUAAUUUUUUUUAGAGCUAACAAAAAGAUCUUAAAAAUGCAGUACAAGUACCUCAUAGUUUUGACUACAACUCUAUUCAUGCAGAGCUCCGUAUUGGCUGUAUCGAAAAUUGGACCGAUCUGCGUACCUCCAAGAGAUUGUCCAGAUUGUCCCUUCGGUGUUGCAAAGAGUACCGUCAAAAGUGGAUGUGCUGGCUGUCCUGAAUGUUGUUGGCCCCUACCAUGUGCCUACAUCGAAUGUGAGCCUGGCUACGUAUCAGAACCGACUACGCUGUCUAACGGUUGUCCAGGAUGUUACACAUGCGUUCAAUGUCCACUUGUAAGCGAUUGCCCACUGAUACGAUGUGCUCCGGGAUACUUUUCACAGGCAUCGACACAAGCGAAUGGAUGUCCAGGGUGCAAUGAAUGCGUUCAGUGUGAACCUGUCAGCGAUUGCCCACUCAUACGAUGUGCUCCUGAGUAUGAGUCACGAACAUCUACUCAAGCGAACGGAUGUCCAGGAUGCAAUGAAUGUGUACUAAAAACCAUCCCAUUAGAGCAAUAAACGAAAGGAGCCAGGGCCUAAUAAGUAGAAUUCAUCGAAAUUCUGGCAAAUAUAUUUCACUGAAACGAGUACAACUUUUCAAAUUGUUUAGAUCCUAUGGCUGCAUGGCUCCUUAUCACAUACAUGAAUCUCAUGUAAAUGGUCCAUGAUAUCUAUUCUCAUUUUUCUUAUUCUCUUUUUUCCCUUUUUUUUUCUUUUUUUCUCUUUUCUCACUGAACGUAGCACCGAAACCAACAAGAAAGCUGAAAAAUGUUUUUUCGAACAUGAAAGCAAAAAUUGAUAAGAAGGAUAUACGUGGAGUAGUAUAUGGACUAACAUGCAAAGACAAAACCUGUAGUAAACCCAGAUAUGUGGGUCAAACUUACCGCAGACUGGGAAUCAGGACAGACGAGCAUCA